CAAAAAUCCGAUUUUUUUUUUCCAACAACACCAUGGCAGCUAACUCUGCAAAGAGCGGGUCCGCUGGAAGGGUAUUUUUCAAUUAGCUUGCCAGGAGCGUUGCCUGUGACUCAUCCGUUACGAGUCAAGAUUUCUCAAAGCAUAGAACACCUUAAGUAAUAAAAUAAUACAAUGGUCAGAGAGCGAGCGAAAAGAUCAAAGACUGGUUGUCUUACGUGUAGAAAACGCAAGGUCAAGUGUGAUGAAACGCGGUUCAAGUGUAACCAAUGUAUCAGGCAUCGAUUCUCCUGUGAAUGGCCCAAUGAGCCCCCUCAAGUGACCUCGCAGUCUCUAUUCCGCGGCGCCAAUCGGCGCAAUCUCCCUGCGAACAGCAAGCUUUCAGUACAGCCCGCCCUGACAGACCGACAUAUAGCAUGUGCCAAUUCUCUUAUCCUGUCGCAACAAGACCGUCUUUCCCUUGAGUACUUCCCAUCGUCUACCGUCUAUUGUUUUUAUGAUUUUUUCGAAUGGGGCGCUCUCCAAUACCUCGUCAAAGUAAUCGCCCCUCGCAGCAAGCUGGUCACGCGAAUGAUUCUUGCUCUGUCUGCUAGUGAGAUGCACCAAAGCGGCUUGAAAAAUGAUCAUAAUCCAGUAGAGCGCCCAGUCGAUGAGGGUCUAAUUCAUUAUACACAAGCGCUUCAAGAGCUUCUGAAGGAACUCUCCGGCCCAACCCAAGGAGAUCUUGUUGAUGCGAAGCUGGCUACUUUAAUCUUUAUGAUUCACUAUGAACUCCAAUUCACAGGGUCUAUCGAUCGUGUGCAAACUCACCUACGAGGUUUCUGGGCACUGAUCAGCGAUCAUUCCAUCUUUGAAAAGCGACAUACGCAAUCUAGGAAUCUUCUCAUGGAAGUUUCCGAUCCCCAUUUGGUCUUAUCUUGCCAGUUAACUGGUUGGGCACUAUAUCUUGACAUAACAGCCACAAGCUUUGGAGUGUCUUCCUCCCUGUUAAAAUUACUCCUCAGCUCCGACAACCCAGCACUAAGCCCUAUGCGCCUGUAUCAGUUAUCGCGACUCGGGGGGCAUCGGCUUUGGGGGGAACCCUUAUCGGGCGAUCAUAUGCUCGCUGACGCUGAAUUGUAUCGACCAGUUGAGCUGGGAUGGCUAGUAUUGUUGGCUCGUUUUACCAUAUCGGACUUGAGGUCAGGAGGAAAGCGUCACAAUGCGGAAAAUACAAAGUCUUCGUCAAUAUUAGACCAUCUUUUGGAUCUGCGGGAGAGAUAUUGCGACCUUCUACACAUAGCCGACGAGUCCCCCAAAAGCCGAUGGACAUCCAAUCUGGAAGUAAUUACGCGAUUUGCAUCCUUCUAUUGGGCCAACAUACUUUUCUACCACCGCAUGCUCAACGACCCGGCCCCCCAAAACGACCUUCACAAAGAGGCUGUAUUCAAAAUCACCAAUCUUCUCUACUAUCGCCACAAGCAAGACAGCGAUCUUCGAAAACAGAGCCGCGUCGUCUGGUGUACUUUUAUGGCUGCCAUCGAGACCCAUGACCCUGUCCACCGUGACUGGCUGGUAAAGAGACUAAGAGAUGUUCGUAAUGUGUCGAUAGAGUGUAAGCAACUAUGGUCGCAGGCCGAUGCUAUUCUCCGGAAGUAAGAUAAACCAAGGAAUCAUUCGUUUAACUCGAAUCACUUGGAGUCUGGCCGAGGACUGAUAGGUGUCUUAAAUAAAAGAAAGCACUAUAUAAAGAAAUUACAUUUGAUAUUACAUUUGAAA